AUGGAAACCCAAAUCGCAUUUAAAAAAGUUAAAUGCUUUUCCUAAACAUACUCUAAGAUUAAUUCUAAAUAUUAAUCAUAAAUUCAUCAAUUAAAUUAAAAUAGUUUAUAAUUCUUGAAAUAAUCCAUGUGGAAAAUAAUGUUAUUGUCGUGUUUGAUUAUAAUUGGUUAAUCAGCCCUUUAGCCCUCAGUAUUGAACUUUAUGCAAGGAUAUGCUUUCGGAGUGGGAAUGGGAGACGAAGUUCCAGAGAUCAUGGAUUGCGUUUUGGAUGUGAUUCUAGUCAAGCCUUAAUGGGAUAUAAUACUCAAAUAAUUCAAUUAAGGUGGUGCUAUCAAUAUUUGGAAUGGUUUGUCUGACAUUUUAUUCUCUUUUGAUCAGUUUGCUCAAUAAUGCGGAAACACAACGAUUGGAUUGAAUAAAAUUCAGAAACAUAUUAGAAAGAUUUUUACAAGUUUAUAUUUAGGUUACUUUUUAGCUCCAAAGUUAUUCAAGUAGAUGAUAGAGAAUAUGAGUAGAGAAAGUGACAAAGUAUCAGAAUUAACUUGUUAAUUUGUAGAAUUAAUGAAGGAAUAAGAUACAUACUAAAGUGGCUAUGUAAUUGGGUAACUGAUUUCAAUAGUAUUUGAAAUUUGAGAUUAUAGCUUGC